AUUUGUAAAAUGGCAAUUAAUCAGAAUUUUAAGCUUUUAACUACAUCCUAUUUGAAAUGUCAUUUUCUAAGAUUUCUCUGAAAUGUUUAGAAAGUAAGAAAGGAUAAAACAUUGAGCCAUUCGUAUCUGCACCACUGAACAAUGCAGAUCCUAGCAUUUAUACUCUUCAUCAGCUUUAUCCAGACUGGACUUGGAAUAGCAGGGAUAUCUGUUUCAUCCUGCUUGGGUAGAGGAGAGAGAUGCUCACCUCCGUUUCCAUCUAUGCGAAUAUCUAACCAAUGUUGUCAGCAUCAGAACCUAAUAUGUCUCGAGGAUCCAACUAUACCACCUCCUGUUCUAGGGGCAGCAGAAGCCAUUCCUAGGACACCAUUUCUGAAUCCCCUUGAGGUAUCAAUAGCAUCUGUUUUGUCUGUAGAAAACAAUAAUGCAGAACAAGAUCGGGUUUAUCAAUUAGGAGUAGAAGCAUAUAAUAGUCAAGCCAGGAUUUGCACCCCAGCCUUACCAUAAGUAUCUUUCAAAUAGUAAUAUGCGAAUAAACAUUAGAAUAUGUGCUUAUGAAAUAUUAGUUUUUGUGUGAUUAUUUUAUUGUAAAAAUUUAUAAUGUAUGAAAUAAAAAAGUUUAAAAUACA